AUGGAGGAUGAGGGAACACACGUAAGGAAACCUUGGAGAAUGACAAGAUCACCAUUACAAAAUAGAAACUCGAAGACCCUAAUUCCUUCACCAAGAAAUAAUUAUAAAGGAGGACGUAAUUUAACAUUAGGUAGGUCUUCAAAAAUACCAUCUCCUAAGAGGAAUAGUAAUUCAAUGAGUUCGGUUCAAGAAAAUAUUAAACAAUUAUCCUUGAGCGAGUUUGAAAUAGGUAAAAAGUUGGGUAAAGGGAAAUUUGGUAAAGUUUAUUGUGUUCGUCAUAAGAAGACAGGAUUUAUUUGCGCUUUAAAGGCUAUGGAUAAAUCUGAAAUUGUUCAAUAUAAUUUGCAAAAGCAGUUUCGUAGAGAAGUCGAGAUACAAACUAAUUUAAAUCAUCAAAAUUUAACAAAGCUUUAUGGUUAUUUUUAUGAUGAGAAAAGGGUUUAUUUAUUAAUGGAAUAUCUUGUGAAUGGGGAACUCUAUAAAUUGUUGCAAAAUAAUGGUCCAGUCUCCGAAAUAUUGGCAAGCUAUUAUGUCUACCAGAUAGCAGAUGGUUUAUCGUACAUGCAUCAAAAACAUAUUAUACAUAGAGAUAUUAAACCAGAGAAUAUACUAAUAGGAUUCAAUAAUGUUGUGAAACUUACAGAUUUUGGAUGGAGUAUAAUAAGCCCCAAGGGUUUGAAAAGGAAAACACUUUGUGGUACGAUAGACUAUUUGUCGCCAGAGAUCAUUACCUCUAGAGAGUAUGAUGAUACAGUUGAUGUAUGGGCUUUGGGUAUUCUGAUAUACGAAUUGAUUAUGGGAGCACCUCCCUUUGAAGAAGAGAGCAAAGAAAUGACUUACAAACGUAUUGUCAGAGGAAAUGUAGUAUUCCCGGAUGAUAAACCAGUCUCUGAACAAGCUAAGAAUUUAAUAAGAAGAAUAUUAGUACAGGAUCCUAAGAAAAGAUUAUCAUUAAGAGCCAUUAAGGAGCAUUCGUGGAUACAGAAGAACAGGUCAUUAUGGGAAUCUUUGCCAAACUAA